AUGAAUCAAAACAAAACAAUAAGUAAAAACGGGGUUGGAGCACCCAAAGUUGAUUUGGACAAAAAAGGAGGUUUCAUUCCACACAUUGUCGGUGGUACUCCAUCAAAAGUUGGCUCCUACCGUUUUAUGGUCUCAUUGAGACACAAAGCUACCGGUGACUUUUUCUGCGGUGGAUCUUUGGUUGACCAACAAUUCGACGUCGUCGUUGGUGUCGGACACGUUCACUUGGACAACCAAACCUUUUACGAAGUAGAAAAAAACUUCCCUCACCCAGACUACCAACUUCCAAGCACCAACAAUGACAUCGCUCUCAUGAAAUUGAAAAACCCCGUACCACUUUCAUCCGAAGUUGAAGUUAUCGAAUUCCCAUACAUGAAAAACGCUGAUAACAGAAACGUUACCGCUUUGGGAUGGGGAAGACUCGGAGCAAACGCUCCAAUUUCAACCGUUUUGAUGCACUUGAAGAAAAAGACUCUUGACAACGAAGAAUGUCAAAGAAGAUUUAAACCCAACGGUUCCAAACUUCACCCCGGACACAUCUGUUUGGGAAGCACACCCAACUCUGGAGUGUGCUUUGGUGACUCCGGAAGUCCAUUGCUUCUCGAAGAAGACGACAGAAACUUCGCCGUCGGUGUUGUUUCCUGGGGUAUUCCAUGCGCUGUCGGUUUCCCUGAUGUCUUCAGCAGAGUUUCUUACUACUCCAGCUGGCUCCAAGAAACCAUGGCCAAAAACGCUUAA